AUGUUUUGCCUACGGACAUGGCUUCCAGUCCUCUUCUUCAUCUCGAACGUACCACCCCUCUACCUGGUCCUCUUCAUCUCGGCCAUGUACUAUCUGAACCGACCGUGUGUCUACUGCUCGCUGCUCCUCACCGUACUCGUCAUCUCCGUUUACGACUUCCACAACAAUUGGUUCGAGCCGCAACCCGACUCGUCGUCCUUGUCGCAUACUAGAAACUCGACAACGACCGCUCUCGGAGACAACAUUGCAGUGGCGUCUUCGGUCAUUCAAUCGGCAGCCGCCUCCAUCGCACACUCUGUGGCCGACGGCUUCUCAAAAAAGACAGGACUCGACCUACAACCACAGAUCAGCGUCGCAGAAUGGUUGAAAGAGAUGCUCGGCAAGAAAGAAUGGCGCAUACCGUGCAUCGAUGUUGCCGUAAGGCUCUAG